UGCCGGCUAGGGAGGAUACAAGUGAGGGCGACUAAGGUUGUCCAAAGUCAUGCACCCCACCCCACACCACCAAAUUCCUACCAUACUUUUUUUUUCAAUUUCUUGCUUCUGUCUAUGGCUACCUGCCUCUUUCUUUCCAUUCAUUUCAGCUCUACAAGUUCGUUCUUAGGAAGAAGAACGAUGACAGCAAGAGAUUCGCCCUCCUCGUCCAUCGAAAGUAGCAGCGCCGUGCGCCCAUUUCUCUCGGCCAAACCUGAUCUCAACAUCGGCCUCAACAUCUCCACUAUUCCAGAUGAUAUAGACAUGAAUUUACAGGGACGUCCAACGAGUCUGUUCGUCAAAGUUUACAUGGAAGGCAUCCCAAUUGGCAGAAAACUCGACCUAAUAGCUCAUUAUGGUUAUCAUGAUUUGAUCAAGACUCUCCAUCUCAUGUUCAACUGCGACGCUGACAUUCUAUGGGCUGGAAGAGACGAAGAGGAUUCGAACUGGGAGAAAUGUCGAAGGUACGUCUUAACAUAUCAAGAUCAGGAAGGAGAUUGGUUGAUGGUUGGCGAUGUGCCAUGGGAGAUGUUCCUCAGUGCUGUCAAGAGAUUGAAAAUUACUCAAAUAGACAGAUGACUCGUCUCGAUAGCAAGCAAGCAGCCAGCCAGCAUAACAAGUUUUGCUCUUAAGUACUUAAUAUGUAUGUAAACAAACAGGCAACAGCGGUACAAGACUUCUCUUCUAGGGUUCUUCUUCCCUUUUUUU